UUGUUCUUUCUAGGAACUCUGCACACCGUGAAAUGUAUCAGCGUUUUGAAGAGACCGAGGAGGGACCACACCGGACCGACACAACCGUUUUCCGGGAGGUGUAUCCAUGCGCGCUUUGCAGAAGAUAGUCCUAUGAAUGAGGAGGCUACUCUGGCACAAAGUAGCGUCAAGAUGGCCAAAUGUCCAGACCCGUGGUUGCCAUGGGUGACAGUGGCUCAUGAGUACAUAGGCUCAAAGAGGUUCCAGGUGUCUCCCUGCACAUGUGUCCGACAGGUGAAGCAGCUGGUCUAUGAGGAGACACGCCUGCCUGUCCAGGAGCAGCGACUGUCACACAAUGGAAAAGUGCUUGAUGACAGCAUUCGAAUUGGAGACCUGCUGUCAGCCACAUGCACAGAAGUGUCAUUUAAACUGGAGAGCAGAGGACUUAAAGGAGGAGGCAGAUUUGGGCAGACGACGCCACCACUAGUGGAAUUCUUGAAAGAUAUUUUGCGAAGAUAUCCUGAAGGUGGACAAAUUCUCAAAGAGUUGAUUCAAAAUGCUGAAGAUGCCGGGGCUACAGAAGUCAGGUUUAUGUAUGAUGAGACGGAGUAUGGAGUGGAGUCACUGUGGUCACCAGACAUGGCUCAGCAUCAAGGUACAGCACUGUAUGUCUAUAAUGAUGCAGUGUUCACAAUGGAAGACUGGAAUGGAAUUCAGGAGAUUGCACGAAGCAGGAAAAGAGAGGACCCUUUGAAAGUCGGAAGAUUUGGAAUUGGCUUCAAUUCUGUUUACCACAUCACAGAUGUCCCCAGCAUUUUCAGUGGUGACCAAAUUGCUAUGCUAGAUCCACACCAGACGCUGUUCGGGGUCAACGAGUCCGGUCAGUGUUGGAACCUCAAGACGGACAUGAAAGAGAUAACAGAGCUCGCCGACCAGUUUGCUCCCUACAUUGGCAUUUUAGGCAGUUCUGAAAAAACUAUGCAAGACGGCAACUUCCCUGGGACACUUUUCCGCUUCCCCCUUCGCACAUCACCGUCCCAACUCAGCGGCAACAUUUACAGCAAAGAAAAGGUCCUAGAGCUUUUUGAGUCAUUCAAAGCCGACGCGGACACUGUACUCCUCUUUCUCAAAAGUGUGCAGAAGAUCUCAUUGCAUGUUAGGGAAUCCGACGGAACAGAGAGAGUGCUUUAUCAGGUAACAGCAUCUGAAAACCCUGACGAUAAACUGGAACGAACCGAAGCAUUGAAGACUUUAGGAGAAGCCAUUGACAGUUAUAGCAACGGGGUCCCUAAUUCUACCAUCACCUGUGUCACGUACCAGCUCAGCAUUGAAACGCAGGACAAUACAUCUAAGGAGGCACAGAGGAUGGCUUGGCUCGUGUGUAACGGUGUGGGGGGAAGAGGAAUGUGUACCGAUUUGGAUAAUUUGGCAGAUGAUUUAAAGUUCAUGCCCUCAAUUGGUAUCGCCAUGCCCCUCAUGGACAAAGAGAAUGAAGAAGGAGCCGCAGCAGGAUUUUCUGGGCGUGCUUUUUGCUUCCUGCCUCUCCCGCCUGGUGAGGAGAGCGAGACAGGACUGCCGGUUCACGUUAGUGGUUUCUUUGGGCUCACAGACAAUAGAAGGAGUAUUAAAUGGCGUGAAGUGGACCAGUGGAGGGAUCCGGCAGCUUUAUGGAAUGAGCUUCUUAUAAUGACCAUCAUACCUAACGCUUACUAUACCCUUAUUAUUGAAACUGUCAAAAGAGUACAGAAUAAAAAGGACCAAGACUUAGCGCUGACUCCUACAGGAACCUAUGCUGCCUGGCCCGAUCCUAAACGCAUCAAAUCCCGCUGGAAACCGAUCCUUCAGCCUUUGUUUAAUGAACUGUUGAAAGAGAAAGUCAUUUAUUCUCUGAGUGAGAGCUGGGUCAGAGUUGAUCAGACGGUUUUCUCAGAACUGGACACAGAAAAGGACAUCGCAGAAACUGUGAUUAACUACCUCCAAAGCUCAGGGAUGCAGGUGGCAAAGGUGCCUGCCUCGGUGGACUCAGCCGUAGCUGCCUACACGCCUGAAGGCACUGAAGUGAAGAAAGCCACCCCUUGUUUGCUGAGGCAGGUUAUAAGGAAGCAUAGACACAAGGGUUCUGCAGAUGAAAAGCUGCUGAUGCUGGAGUUUGCACUGAGUGAUGCUAACUACAGUGAUCUAAUUGGUCUGGAGCUACUGCCUCUGCAAGACAAGUCCUUCACCACGUUCACAUCCUCAGUCACAGAGAAGGAUGCCGUUUACAUCGCUUCAGAGGAGUAUCCCAGGUCCCUGUACCCUGGACUGGAAAGUCGCUUUGUCUUAGAAAAUAUUAAACCUUCAGUAAUGGACAGACUGAAGAAAGCAGCCAAAAGCAGAGUGCAGCAGUACCUAUGGGGUUGUUCUGGAAGACCCUGUACUCAGCUGCAAGUGUUGACCCCGGAACGCUCAGCUCGACUCAUCAAAGAGAUUCUAACAAAGGCCUGGUCAACGAGAGACUUUACUGUCCAAUGGGAACCUGAAAACCAAGAGCUGCAGCAUCCAACCGUGUCCUGGCUCAAAAUGGUUUGGAAACAUUUGUACAUUAAAUUUGCAGAUGACCUCAGCACCUUUGAUGAUAUGCCAUUGAUUCCACUUGUCCCACUUCACGAAAACAUCAAAUCUGUGACUCUACUUCGCCUCAAAACUCCAUCUCCUAUUGUUUAUGUCAAUGACGGAGAGGUUGGUGUCUCCGAGAGCCUGCUGAAUAUCAUGGACAAACUGGGAAUCAAAGUAAUCAAAAAGCUGGAUUCUUGUUUGCAACACCCUCAGUUAAAGAAUUACAUCCAUCCUCUCUCCCCAAGCGUCUUGCUUCAAAACAUGGACAGAUUAUCAACACAGCGUUUAGCAAGCCUGGUAUCUUCUUUCUCGGUUAAAGAUAAAAUUGCACUACGGAACUUCCUGGCAGGACUAUCUGAUAUCACAGAGAGGGAAAAACAUACACUGCUUGAACUUUCCAUCUUCGAGAAGGUGGGGAGCUGUUCCGAAGGUGCUGCAAAAUAUAUAUCGCUCAGGGGGGCUAGAGCGCUGCAUCACAGGGCCAAAUACCCACCAGAUGUGAAAUUAUCCAUUAACCUUGUGAGCUGCCGUGAUGAGGAGUCUAUCCGCCUUUUAAAGAUGAUGAAUGUGGAGCAGGUGAAAACAACAGAAUGUCUCAAGGUUAUUGUUCAGGAUAUGGAAAAGGGAUAUUAUCAAACAGAUGACAUAAACCAAAUCAUGCUGUGGGCUCUUAAACAUCUGGCAUUUCUCAAGAAUGAAAACUCGGCUGUGAUUACAUGGCUUUCCAAAAUUAAAUUCAUUCAGCUGCCAUGUGGAAAAUCAGUCACGGCCUCAGACCUAUUUGACCCAGGCCUAGAGAUUCUUCAAAAUCUGUUUUAUAUGGAGGAGAAAACAAAGUUCCCUUCAAACAUGUAUACAUCAUCCCCUGAUAUUUUGCAUUCACUUCGACAACUGGGCCUGAGGAAUGAGGUUCAACUAAGUGAGAAAGAUGUACUUCAUACUGCAAAGAAAAUAGAGGAUUUACAAAGCAAGAAAGAACCAGAUUGGGCUGCUGUCACCCGAAAAGCUAAAACCCUCUUGCAAAUCCUAAACAAGCAGACCAAACUCAUCAAAUCUGCUGAUGUCCAGUCAUCUCUGCUUAAACUGAAAUGGGUACCUGUUUGCAAGGAAAGACCCCCAACAUACCCCAAAACCUUAGCUUGGGUAGGGGACCAUCUCAAUAUAUGUUCCUUUCUUGAAAUGUGUGACAUUUCCCAUGCAGUCCUUGUGGGUUCUUCUGUAGCACUUGCUGAACACACCUCUGGAGGAAUGAAGAAGUCACUGAAGUUAAAAUUAGAUCCUCAGGUUGACCAAGUGUUACAGCAUUUGAAAGCAGUGAACGACUGGCACAAGUCCCAGGCCUUCACUACAGAAGACUGGUAUCAGUUCCAACAGAUUCUGUUUGAGAUUUAUGGCUUCAUGCAGGCUCAUCUUGAAGAUGCUAGAGAAGCACUUAAGUCUCUGUCUUUUGACUGGGUGUGGACAGGAAAAACAUUUUCAGUCCCUGGCCAAACUGUCCUCAAGCCCCUCCCUGAUCUCGAUUUGCAGCCAUAUCUGUAUUCCUUGCCAAAGACAAUCAGAAAGUUCCAUAAACUUUUCAAAUUUUGUGGCUCUAUUGAAGAGGUUGUUCCCAAUCAUGUGUUUGAUGUCAUAAACAGCGUCCAUAAAAGAUGUCAAGAAGGAGACAUGACAAAUGAAGAAAACAAACACAAUAUUCUCCUUUUGAUCAACGUCCUAAGAUGGCUGUACAACAAUCAGAUACCUGUGGACACCAACAUGCAUGUGCCUAUUCUUUGUUAUAAAAACCCAAACAAAUUAGCCAUGAAGCCUAUUCAUGAAUGCACCUAUUGUGACAUCAAAGUUGACGACUUGAACGAUAUACUCGAAGAUUCAUCUGAGCCUAUCAUACUAGUGCAUGAUGAUAUUCCAAUGAAAACUGCAGAGUGGUUGAAAGUACCAUGUUUAAGCACAAGAUUGAUUAAUCCAGAAAACCUUGGAUUUGAACAAUCAGGCCAACGAGAACCAUUAACAGUUCGGAUCAAGAACAUUCUAGAGGAAUAUCCUUCUGUAGCAGACAUUUUCAAAGAGCUACUCCAGAAUGCAGAUGAUGCAAGUGCAACGGAAUGCAGCUUCCUUAUUGACAUGCGGAAGAACAUGGAUAUUCGUGAAAAUCUUCUCGACCCUGGAAUGAUUGCCUGCCAUGGAGCAUCGCUGUGGUCUUUCAACAACUCAGUCUUCACCGACACAGACUUCCUCAACAUCACAAGGCUCGGGGGAUCAAUUAAAAGAUGUGAAGCAGAUAAAGUUGGAAAAUUUGGAUUAGGAUUCAAUUCUGUUUAUCACAUUACCGAUAUCCCAAUAAUCAUGAGCAGGGAAUUUAUGAUUAUGUUUGACCCAAAUAUCAAUCACAUCAGCAAGCACAUCAGAGACCCAUCCAAUCCAGGCAUCAAAAUCAAUUGGAGCAAACAGCAAAAGAGGUUAAGGAAGUUCCCCAAUCAGUUCAAACCUUUCAUCAAUGUCUUCAACUGUCAGUUGCCCCUUGCUCAGGACUCCCCUUACAAAUUCAAUGGUACACUUUUUCGACUACCUUUCAGAACAGAGCAGGAAGCUUCAGUCAGUGAAAUAAGUAGCUUCUAUUACAACACGACUGAUGUUUAUUCCUUGGUUGACGAGUUCAGCUUAUGUGGCCAUCGCUUCAUUUUGUUCACUCAGCAUGUUGGAAGUAUGGUCCUGAAGUAUCUCAAAUAUGAAGAACCAAAUCCAGCUGCAGCACAAGAUGUAGUAACAAUCAACAAAAGUGUAUGGACAUCCAAAGCCUCAUACGGACCUCUAAGUAUCCUGAAAUCUGCAGCUAAAGUCAUGAAGAAGGCCGCAAGCACCAACAAGGUACCAGCUGAUGCUCCCAAGUCAGGCUGCAUUAUACGAGUUGUGGUGGAAGAGUUUCAUAAUGUGUUCAAACGGAUUGUCGAUCUUCACUCGCCAUUGUUCAGAGGUUCAGAGGAAGACCCGAAUCAGUACUUUGAGAUGGCUGCUAAGGGAAUUCAGACGAAACGACUCACAGAUGAAAUGCCCCAAAAAGCUAUUGAGGUCACCAACUGGCUCAUUGCAUCAUGCAUGGAUGUAAAUGAAGCUCUCAAGUUCUCUCUCAGUGACAGUGGGAAAAGACUAGGACUAGUGCCUUGUGGUGGUGUGGCUGUAUUGCUGUCAGAGGAAGAAAAUCGAAAAUGGAUAGUAAAGACCAGCUCAGUGGCGAUUGGAGAAGUCUUUUGCUACCUGCCUCUCAGAAUGAAAACAGGCCUGCCGGUCCACAUAAAUGGCUGUUUCGCUGUUACAUCAAACCGCAAAGAGAUCUGGAAGACUGACACUAAAGGCCAGUGGAAUUCCAUCUUCAUGAGACACGUCAUUGUACAAGCUUAUUUGUCAGCUCUCACAAUGCUGCGAAUAAUGGCAGAGAAUGGAGAACUGCUUAACUACAACUAUUACGCAGCAUGGCCCGAUCCUGGGCAAGUGCAUGAUGACUUCACACUGAUCAGUCAAGGGGUCUACCAGGAAAUAGCCAAAGGAGGAGACAGUGAACAGGCUAAACUGUUCUCCGAUGGGAAUACCUGGGUCUCAAUCCAAUCUGUGAGAUUCCUCGAUGAUGCACUACUUGGCAGACAAGACAUCGGCCCAUCCGCUUUCAAAAUAUUCCUGAAAUACCUCAAGAAAAGUGGAUCACAAAAUCUGUGUGCAGUUGAGCUACCUGAUUGGGUAAAAGAAGGAUUCGAUGAUGCUGGCUGUAAAGGAAAGCUCAUGGAAAACACCCUGACUGAAAAGCAGUUCUUUACGGAUGUGUUCUUUCCUCAUAUCCAGGAAAUUGAUGAAGAGCUCAGAGAUCCAUUGGUGCAGUAUGUCUUAAAUGAGAAACUAGAAGAUUUUGCCCCAAUUCUCAGGGUCACCCCUUGCAUACCAUGUUCCAGCCCCCAAAAGGAGCUGGUUUUACCUUCUAGACUGAUUCACCCAGAGGGAAGAGUUGCAAAGCUGUACAACCCUGAUGAUGGCAGAUUUCCUGAAGGGACGACCAAAGACUACCUCAACCCUGUGUGUUUGGUGAAGCUUGUGCAGUUAGGUAUGGUGAAAGAUGAUCUGUCAUGGGAAGACAUUACUGAACGUACAGAGUCUGUAAGUGAGCUCAAUGAAAGCAACCACAUGUCUGCAUGUAUUCGUAGCAGCAUCCUUCUUAGCCUAAUAGAUGAGAAACUGAAAAUGGGUGACCUUGGAGAAUCAAAGCUUUUGGAGAAGCUACAGAAGACAAAGUUUCUUCCAUUUCUAACAAGACCUGCAGGGUUCUCUCUGCCAUGGCAUGGAAAUGACUUUUCCCCAACUACCAUGUUUUCUGCUAAAGAGCUCUUUACAACUGAGCACCAGGACACUGUGUGUUUGAUCAAACCCAUUCUGAAUGAAAACUCCCCAUCUUUUAAAGGCUGUGGUGCGAUAUCACUAGCUGUGAAAGAUUACCUUGGGCUAAUAAGAAAGCCCUCAGUUGGAUUGGUCAUCCAACAACUCAAUAAAUUGUCCCAGUCGUUUGAUGGUGUCACACUUUAUCAAGAAAACAUAACAAAUGCCUGUUACAAAUAUCUGCAUGAAGAAAUGUUGCAGGAUGAGAUAGCAAAGGCGCAAAUCAUGGAUGAGCUCACAUCGUUCAACUCUAUCUUAGUGGAAAACACCUAUGUAAAUCCAUCUAAGGUUGCAUUCUACUUGAAUUUUGAUGCUGCUCCAUAUCUUUACCAGCUACCCAAUAAAUAUAGGAACAGUUGCCGUGAGUUGUUUGAGAAUGUGGGAGUACAGCCCAGCUUCUCAGUGGAAGACUUCUCAUCUGUUCUUGAAAUCCUGAAGCAACAAUGUGGCCGAAAGUCACUCACAGAGGAGAAUUUCCAGCUAAGUCGCCGCAUUAUCAGUGAAGGUAUCUGGAGUUUGAUCAGGGAUAAAAAUCAAGAAUACUGCCAGGUCAAUUACGGUGGAAUCCUAUUGCCUGACUCGGGGCUUACUCUGCAGCCAUCAAAGUCCCUGUGCUACAAUGACUGCCCCUGGAUCAAAGUACGAGACUCUUCUGUAAAGUACUGUCACGCAGAUAUUCCAAGAGAAGUUGCGGUUAAACUCGGUGCAGUCCCAAAACGCCACAAAGCCUUGGAGAGGUACGCGUCAAACGUAUGCUUUAGUACCCUGGGUAGUGAGUUCGGGCAAAAAGAGAAGCUCACCAGCAGGAUUAAGAGUAUCCUUAAUGCAUAUCCAUCAGAGAAAGAAAUGCUAAAAGAGUUGCUUCAAAAUGCAGAUGACGCUAAAGCCACUGAGAUCUAUUUUGUAUUUGAUCCAAGAACACACCCCACUGACAGAAUUUUUGAUGAUAAGUGGAUUCCCAUGCAAGGUCCUGCUCUGUGUGUUUACAACAAUCAGCCAUUCACAGAGGAUGACAUCAGAGGAAUACAGAACCUGGGAAGAGGCACAAAGGAGGCCAAUCCAGGCAAAACCGGACAGUAUGGCAUAGGUUUCAACUCUGUCUAUCAUAUCACGGACUGCCCAUCCUUCAUCUCAAACAAUGACAUUUUGUGCAUCUUUGACCCACAUGCCCAGUUUGCUCCUGGUGCCACCUCAGUUAGUCCUGGGAGAAUGUUCAGAGAUUUAGACUCAGACUUUAGAUCUCAAUUUUCAGAUGUGCUCAAUCUCUAUUUAGGGGCUCAUUUCAAGUUGGAACGCAGUACCAUGUUCCGCUUUCCUAUUCGCUCGACAGAGAUGGCAAAGACAUCCGAGAUUAGUCCUGUUCCAGCAUCAGACAGAAUGGUCCAAAACCUGCUGGAUAAACUCAAAACAGAUGGUGCUGAACUGCUAAUGUUUCUGAAUCACAUGGAAAAGAUAUCAAUUUGUCAAAUUGAAAACUCAACAGGAGAGUUGAAAGUGCUGUAUUCAGUAACAGCUAAAAUUUCUGAUGGAGAUCGUCUAAAGCGCAAACAGUUUCAUGCUUCAGUGAUCGAUAGUGUAACCAAAAAGAAGCCACUGUCUGCCAUCCCAGCCCAGCAGAUAACCUACACACUGGACAUAGAGGAUUCAGAUGGUAGCUUGACAACAUGGAUGAUCUGCAAUCGAUCUGGCUUUCCUGACAUUGAAAUGGUCUCAAAAAGUGUCAUCUCAGCUCACAAAAAUGAGGAUAUAACCCUAUUUCCCAGGGGAGGAGUGGCAGCUUGUGUUAGUCACAAUUACAAAAAGACUCACAGAGCCUUUUGUUUUCUUCCCCUCUCAUUAGAGACUGGUUUGCCUUUUCAUGUGAAUGGACAUUUUGCUCUCGACUCUGCCAGAAGAAACUUGUGGCGAGAUGACAAUGGAGUAGGAGUAAGAAGUGACUGGAACAAUAACUUAAUGACGUCACUUAUUGCCCCAGCAUUUGUAGAACUGCUCAUUCAGCUAAAGCGGCUGUACUUCCCAGGCCCUGAUCCCACUAUGACUAUUAUACAGGCAACACCGCUUCAUGCUGUGAAAGACACUCUACGGAAAUACCUGUUUUUCUUCCCAGUCAAUAAAAUGGACAUCCAGGCUGAUUGGUAUUGCCUUGUGAAAGCAGUCUAUCAGUGUAUUCAUGCCGAGCAAAAACGUCUGCUGCCAGUUCUCAGGGCUCCGCACAUGGACAACUCUGAAAUGCAUUCUGUCAUUUACAUUUCAUGGGUAAAUACAUCUUCUGUAAACAAAGGCAGGGCAUAUUUUGAUAAUUUGCUGCAAGAUGAGCUCCACUAUCUGAAAAACACAGAGCACAACAUCACGUCAAGAAAAUCUGUUGCAGAAAAUGUCUACCGACUCAAAACAUUGCUGCUGGAUAUUGGUUUCAAUCUGGUGUACAGCUGUGAUGAAUCUGCCAACCUUUACCUUGGUUUAGAAGAUGCUGGGAUACCAGUAGUGUAUGUCACUCCAAAAGAUGUGUGCAACUUUCUCCACACAUUCUCAGCCCCAGAUACAUCGUGCCAAAUAGGAAAACUGCCCUGCCGUCUACAACAGUCAAAUUACAAGCUCAUUCAUAAUGUAAAACUCCUUGUUGACUACUGCUUCAAGGACAUUGAGGAGGAAGACUUCAAGAUAGAAGGGCUGCCUUUGCUGGUAACAAUGGACAACAUGCUGCAGGUGUUUGAGAUAAAAAGACCAAAGUUUCUUACAACACACCAUGAACUAAUACCACCAAGAAAAGAAAUGUUCAUGCACGCAAUGUAUAUCAAAUACAGUGACAUUUUAAUCAAAGCUGGGGCUGCAAAAACAUUUGACAUCAGCAGCUUUGGUGAAAUGGUUGGCUCUGUCCUCCCCAGAGAAUAUCGCACAAAAGCUCCAGUGAGAUGGAGAGACUCUUUCCAGAGUGAGUCUUGGCUUAAAAAUGUGUGGAACUUUAUCAGUGAGAAUACAGCUGUAAAGGAAGAUCAGGUACAAAUGAAACCUGGUUUUGAGACAGUUGUUGACAUCUUGAAAGACUGGGCUCUACUUCCUGGAGUCAAAUUCAUGGCAAGAGAAAAACUCGUCCUUCCUGAGCAUGAUUUGCUUUUGCCUCUGAGUUUGAUGAACAUAGCCAUAUUUCCUCAAGGCCAAAAUGAUAAAGUCUUCCAUACACUGAUGAAAGCAGGCUGCAUUCAAUUGGCCGUCAACAAAAUAUGUGCCAAAGACAAUCCCAUUUUGCCCUUUCUGAUUCAGCACACUGCAAACAUUGAAAAUCCUUCAAGUGUUUUGAAAGCUCUUGAGUAUAUGAUACAGACAAAUGCAUUCAAAUCUCUUCAUUUCACUGACAAAGACUUUGAGGCCUUGUUAUUGUAUUUCAACUGCAACCUGGCUAAUCUAUCACAACAAGACAUUGCAAGUCUAAAACUUCUCCCAUGUUUUAAAUCUGUCAGUGGUAAAUACAUCAACAUUGCAAACACGACUGCAAACUAUGUUCUUGCUAAAGACAUACCUGCAGCAGACAUAGACAAGUGGGCACAUAAUGCUUCCUGUGGGUUUCUUGCUGACAACCCACAGCUAAAAGAACUGUAUUCCUUUCUGGACUGCACACCAAUUGAUGACCUAGAAAUUUAUCUUCAACAUUUAUUGCCAAAGUUUGAAAGCCUGACUUACAGUGCAAAAGUGGAGCACAUUGUUCAUUUAAAAGAGCGGCUCAUGUCUAUUGAAGAUUCUACUGAAGUGAAAGACCAGCUCUAUGAAAAGCUGGAAGGACUGUCAUUUAUUUAUGACAGUUCCACCCGUCUUAGACAAGCCAAGUUUUUCUUUGACAAAACGGUUGAAGUCUUUGAAGUUAUGCUUCCUCAAAAGUCCUUCAUUCCAAAUGACUUUUUCAGGAAGGUGGAACAGAUUUCAAAGCCAAAAAAUGGAGCACUUCAGUUAACAUCGUGGAUCACCUUUUUGCGGACAAUUGGCCUUAAACAUGAAGUUUCACAGCAGCAGAUUCUCCAGUUUGCAAAAGAAAUCAGCAUCAAGUCCCAAACUGAGAACUGGGCCAAAGAAAAGGUUCAAACCACAGUUGAUGUUCUUCUAAACCACAUUUUCAAAGACAGAGUUGAUCUAUUCCAAGGCAGCUUUCUUAAAGAACUGUCAAUGGUCCCAUUCCUCUGUCCUGAGAGAGCCCCAAAAGAACUGGUCAGACUUCACCCACAGUAUCAAGAGGUGGGUGGCACACUUCCUCUCAUUCGCUUCAGUGGGUCUCAAGUCAAUCCUAAAUUCAAGCAAACAGAUAUCAUUAACUUGCUCUGGACAUCAUGCCCAAUUUUGCCCGAAAAAGCAACGCCAUCAAGUAUAAAUGAUCAAAAAGGGAACACCCUGAGUGGGCAGGAACAGUUGGACCAAGUACUCAGUAUGCUGGGUGUAAACCUUGAGCCACCAUUGGAAAAAGUGAUAAUCAAUUGUAAGAACAUUUGUAGCAUUUCCAGUCCAGAUGAUGAAAUGGUGAAAACCCGGAACAAAAUCUUGAGAUCAACUUAUGAGUUUCUCAGUGCAGAUAAAAGAGAUUUCCGCUACCUGCUUCGCGGAGUCCCUUUUGUCAUUGUUGAAGAUGGUUGGAAAUUAUUGAAACCAGAAGAAGUAGUAAUUAAUUUGGACAAUGAAUCUGACUUCAAGCCUUACUUGUAUAAAUUACCGUUAGAGCUUGGGACCUUUCAUCAGCUGUUCAAACAUUUAGGGACUGAAGAUGUUGUAUCAACCAAACAGUACAUGGAAGUACUUGGACGUAUUUACAGAAGUUCAGAAGGAAAACAGCUUGACCCAAAUGAAAUGAGAACUGUUAAGAGGGCUGUGUCAGGAUUGUUCAAAACUCUGCAUAACGAUCCAGUGGAAAUCCGCAAAGAUCUAGAGAAUCUCCGGGAUCUAAUAUUUUAUCUUCCCAGUCAUGAUGGACGAUUAGUCAAAUCUAAUGGCUUGGUGUUUGAUGAUGCCCCACACUACAAAAGCAGAAUUCAGGGUAAUGUGGGUGUUCAGAUGCUAGUAGACUUGAGCCAGUGCUACCUAGGCAAAGACUAUGCUUUCCACACGAAGCUAAUAAUGCUGCUUCCACAGAAACUUAGACCACGAUUACUAAGCAGUAUCCUUGAAGAACAACUUGAUGAAGACUCUCCAAAGAUAUGUCAGUUUGGUGCACUCUGUUCUCUCCAAGGCCGCCUGCAGCUGUUGCUCUCAUCUGAGCAGUUCAUCACUGGAUUGAUCCGAAUAAUGAAACAUGAAAAUGAGAAUGCCUAUUUAGUGAAUGAGGAAAAAGCUUUGCGUCUCUGUAAAGCACUUAGUGAAGCACUGAAAGUGUCUUGUUUUGAGAAACUCCAGACGACACUGAGAGUUAAAGGGUGUGCUCCUAUCCCUCACAGCCGCAGUGAAACUUUAGCUUUCUUAAAAAGAUACGGCACAACUGUCAUUCAUCUUUACAUCCAGCAUUCAGAUAGCAAAGACAUAAAUUUUCUACUUGCACUUGCUAUGACACUCAAGUCUGCCACUGACAACUUGAUUUCAGACACUUCCUAUUUGAUUGCUAUGUUAGGGUGCAAUGACAUUUAUCGAAUAACAGAGAAGUUGGACAAUCUUGGAGUGAAGUAUGAUUCAACUGAGCCUUCAAAACUAGAGUUGCCACUUCCUGGAACUCCCAUACCAGCGGAGAUCCACCACACUUUACUGAUGGAUCCAAUGAAUGUGUUCUAUCCUGGAGAAUAUGUCGGCUACCUGGUAGAUUCAGAGGGCGGAGACAUUUACGGCUCAUAUCAGCCAACUUACACAUACGCCAUCAUUGUGCAGGAAGUAGAAAAAGAAGAAGAGGAAAACGGUACUGUUCUUGGAAAAUGUUUUCAAAUUGAUAUUGGUUACAGUGAAUAUAAAGUUGUCAGCUCUCUUGAUUUGUACAAAUUCUCAAGACAAGAUGAAAACAGUCAAGUAAGAGACACUAGUUCCCCGUCAACACCAACAAGUCCCGACAUCCGUUCAUCAACGCUUCGAAUGAUGCCUCCAAUAUUUACAGGCAAGGAAAACCUCAGACCCCCGCCCCAAAAACAGUCACCCAAAAAGAUCAAACUUCAUGCAUUGCCUGAGAUUCUCAAAGAAGUGACCUUAGUUAUUGAGCAGGCAUGGAAGCUUCCAGAAACAGAGAGAAAAAAGAUCAUCCGGCGAUUGUAUCUUAAAUGGCAUCCUGACAAAAAUGCAGAGAAUCUGGACGUUGCUACAGAGGUCUUCAAGCACCUACAAAAUGAGAUUAGUCGAAUGGAAAAGCAAUCUUUAACAGAUCAACAAAACACUGACAGAACUUCUAGAAGAUCCUAUUCAUCAUCAUCCACACGCUUCCAGUCAGAUAAGUUCUCCUAUCAAAGAUAUUACUCCACAUGGAACCAAGAAGCAACCAGCCAUCGAUCGGAAAGACAAACUUUCAGGGAGCAUAACCCCAGCUAUGCAGGCUCCUCCCACUCUCAUCGCUUCUUUGUACCCCCUACCUUCAAAACAGUGGGAAACCCAGUGGAAGCCCGCCGAUGGCUAAGGCAAGCUAGAGCCAACUAUUCUGCUGCUCGCAAUGAUCUCCAUAAAAAUGCCAAUGAGUGGGUGUGCUUUAAAUGCUACCUAGCAACAAAGCUGGCACUGAUAGCAGCAGACUAUGCUGUGAGAGGGAAGUCCGAUAAAGAUGUGAAGCCCACAGCACUGGCACAAAAGGUGGAGGAAUAUAACAGCCAGUUAGCAGGGCUCACCAGUGAUGUCCAGAUCUUGGAUGGUUAUGGGGUGGACAGUCUCAGAACUCGCUACCCAGACCUCCUACCUUUUCCACAGAUUCCCAACGACCGAUUCACAUCUGAAGUAGCAAUGAGAGUGAUGGAGUGUACAGCACGGAUCAUUAUAAAGCUUGAAACUUUUGUGCAACAAAAAGUUUAGUAGUUUGUAACUUGGCGAAAGUCUAGCCAUUAAAAGAUGCAUUACUUUUGUAGAAAAAGAAUAGUUAAUUGAAUGAUCCAAUAAAACCAGCUAGUAAUUCACUUGACCCUCCCCAAUUAGAGAGGUAAACAAGAGCAAUGGAGAGAUGGCCCUAAAAAUAUUGGGUCCAUUGAGU